AUGUCCAAUGAGACUGCUAAUGAAAGUAACUAUUCCAAAGGUGUUGAAGUGAACAAACAAACAGACACAGGACCAGCAGAUUGUGGUCUAUGGAGUUCUCCCUGUGUUUCCUUAGAGAGCCAUCUCAGGGCCUCAGAUCGCUCAAAAUAUUCCCUCGGAGAUAGUGUGGAUAUUAGUCAAGCAAUACAGUUCAUGCUUCAAGUCAUGCAUGGCUGCCAAUGUGUCUCAGACUGUCUCUUUCACCAGUACAGUGUCCUUCAGUGUUGCUGAUGCUCUACAACUGUUCUGCAGUUUUCAGUGACAACUGGUGGCUUCCUUCUGCAUCAUGUCUGCACAUUACAGGUGAAGAUACCUUCCAAGUGGGAGGCCAUCAUGAAGUGCAGACAGCUGGUAACUUCAAAUCCUGACAUAUGGUUCUUGAGACCCUUCCUAGCUUCCCUGCUUAAAGCAUUUGUCCUGAAGGCUAUAUACCUUCUGCUGCUCCACUCAUCUCUAAUGGAUAACUUGAUGUCUGACCUAACAGCUUAUUUAAAUGCUUAUUGGACUGGGUCUGGAGAUCACCAUGUAAGUGCAAAGCCCAUUUGCAUGGAGCUGCCAGAGGAGCAGUGUCAGCUGGCAGACAUCCAGAAGCUGAGAAGGAAGAAAGCAAUAGAAGACUACAAAAUGAAUGAGGAUGGGCUUUUGAUCAAACCAUGGAAUUUAAUAGAAAGGAACAAUCCACAGAAGGAUGGAAACUACAGAGAUGAUGGGUAUUGCUUUCCCACAAAAAAUAGCAGAGUCCCAAAUCACAUCCUCCAACAGUCAAGGAUGUACUUUGUCAAAGCAGAGCUUGAAAAUCAAAUUUACACGGUAAAAUCUGUGGAAGGACCUUAAACUGACCUUAGGCAGACUGUAUGAAUUUAAUUUCUGACACAGGUGACUUGAUGAGCUUAGGCUGGGUGUUUGGAGACAUCUAAGUGAAAAAAGGGACUGUUCCCCUUGCAGAGGUGUCAAACAAAAGCUCCUGGCUUUACAAUGACAGGUAAUUCAACAUUCCAUUUUUGAAUGGAAAUAAUGGUGGUCUGUCUUUUGGAGCAAACUCCUGCUAUGUCUGGCUGUUCUUCUCUAGGUCUAUUUUUGAGAUCCAUUUUUUCCAAGAGCUAUUUUUGAUUUUAAAAGAGUGACUUUCUUGCAUUGUUAUCAGACCACUGUUAAACUGCAUUGGUUCUUUUGUUACUUGCUGCAGUUAUGUAAAAUUCUCAUUAGAGCCGUUUGCUGCUGAAAGUUGCAGACCACCACCACCAUUGUUUGCCAGCGCUGCCGCAUCCAACUUGUGUGGAUAAGGCUGUAACACCACUCUGCUGUGUGUCUAUAGACAAAGUGUGUGGAAAUAGCAGUUUAGGAGGUGUAGAGCAGUCCUUCCCCAAGCAAAAUAAGGUAUUAAGGCAAACUACUAUUCUACCACAGGACAAAAUUAAGGUAGGCCAUGCCUGAGUCUUGGAACAAGUUUUCUAACAUACCGAUGAACACUGAUGAACGUAGAACAGGGAAGAAUGGAAAAGGUCAAAGGUCACUGUGCCAACCAGACUGCAGUCCAAGAACAAUCUGGGCAUCAGGCUGCAAAGGGGGGAAUGACACCAGGUUGGAAGGGAUGUGACAUCUGCACAUGUGUACAUGCCAAUACCUGUUUGAGUUGGUUUUCUUUGGAUGUAAAUUGGUGUGACUGUGUUUAUGAUGUAUCUGCACAUUUUAAAAACUGGUUUUAGGGGAAACAUGUUGGU